AGCGGUCUCAAAGGUUACCCUCGUCUUGCAGCCUCAACUCUCGCGAGUAGUUACGUGAAUUCGGCAGUCCUGCGUGGGUUAGCAAAUGCAUGCUUUAAUUUCACAAUUUAGUUAAGUGUUACUUCUUUUCAAUAUUUUUUUCCCCGAGAUUGGCCAAACAAGUAACCAUUUGCCACCAUGAGUAUACUUGCUAAAAUAGCAGAGAUUGAAAAUGAGAUGAACAGGACCCAAAAGAACAAGGCCACAGCUCACCACUUGGGUCUACUCAAAGCACGUCUUGCCAAACUGAGAAGAGAACUUAUUACGCCCAAAGGAGGUAGCGGUGGAGGGACAGGAGAGGGUUUUGAUGUUGCAAAAACAGGAGAUGCCCGAAUAGGUUUUGUUGGAUUUCCUUCAGUGGGGAAAUCUACACUGUUGAGCAACCUUGCUGGGGUGUAUUCUGAAGUUGCUGCCUACGAGUUCACCACUCUGACUACAGUACCUGGUGUCAUUCGAUACAAAGGUGCCAAAAUCCAGCUUCUGGACCUUCCUGGAAUUAUUGAAGGGGCCAAGGAUGGCAAAGGUAGAGGGAGACAAGUCAUUGCAGUGGCUCGAACAUGCAACUUAAUCCUGAUCGUUUUGGAUGUGCUGAAGCCUCUGGGUCAUAAAAAGCUUAUUGAACAUGAGUUGGAAGGCUUUGGUAUUCGACUCAACAAGCAACCCCCUAACAUUGGCUUCAAGAAGAAAGACAAAGGAGGCAUAAAUUUUACUGCAACAUGUGCACAAAGUGAGCUAGAUGUGGACACAGUGAAGACCAUUCUGGCCGAGUACAAGAUCCACAAUGCUGACAUAACUCUGCGCAGUGAUGUCACGGCUGAUGACCUCAUCGAUGUAGUGGAAGGAAACCGGGUGUACAUCCCAUGUAUAUAUGUACUCAACAAAAUUGACCAGAUCUCAAUUGAGGAGCUUGAUAUUAUUUACAAGGUACCUCACUGUGUCCCAAUCUCUGCUCACCACCGCUGGAACUUUGAUGACUUGCUGGAAAAAAUGUGGGACUACUUGCAGCUUGUUCGAAUCUACACCAAACCCAAAGGCCAGCUGCCUGAUUACACAUCCCCAGUUGUGCUUCCAAAUGGACGCACGUCAGUGGAGGAUUUCUGCUUAAAAAUUCACAAAAACCUCAUCAAAGAAUUUAAAUAUGCACUUGUGUGGGGUUCAUCAGUAAAACACAACCCCCAAAAGGUAGGAAAAGACCACAUCUUGGAGGAUGAAGAUGUUAUCCAGCUCGUGAAGAAAUAACUGGAAACGAUUUCUACAUGUACACAUAAUUACACUUUGUAGAGUUUCCCAGUAAAUAUACCAUGCAUGGGUACUAAAGCAUUUGUGUCACUGUUUUUGAUCUCAUUAAAGACAAUGGACAACAUGACUUUCAAUGUUGCAUAAGCCCACCAUACUUAACAUCAUGAAUAGUUCAUAUUGAAUAUUGGUUAAGUCUUGCACAAAUCUGUAAAAUAAAAAGUCUUCAAAUG